GUAGCGUCGCGUUAGAAGAACAGAAAGAAAGAAAUGAGAAAAAUGUGCAGGCGAGCAUUCAAAUAAAUGGGAAAUAAUGCAAUGACAAUGAAAAUGUGAAAUGUGAAAUAAAAAUGCAAUAAUUGAAUGAAAUGUGAAAGACGUGAAUUAAAUAAUUGAUUUCAAUUGAAUUAAUUAAAUACAAAUCCCUUAUAGAGCAAACAAAAGCGUGAAAAAUUCAUGUUUUCCGUGAGUGUGUAUAUACGUAUGUGUGUGUGUGUGUGCGCGUUGAGAAUUGAAGUACUUGAAGAAAAUCUUUGCUAGCUGCCUGCUGUUGGGAUACACUUUUGGGUGGCGGCGACAACGACACCGACGACGACGACAACGACGAAGUUUAAGCGCUUGAACCGUAUUGUGCUUACUGUUGUUGUUGUGGAGUAGUAUAAGCAAAAAAUGUGUAUGUACCAGAAAGUGAAACGAAAACGGGAACACGCCUUUUAAAGCCAGCAAAGCCUUCAGCCAUCAGCUACUAGCUUGCUAGCUCCAGCUAAGCCAGCUAAGCAGCGCCUAACCGAUAACUGCCAAGCGCAAUACGGACAACAAAAACGAGCAGGAAUUUCAAGCGCAGCCUUAAAUGGUUUGACGUUCAUCAACUUCUCCACCACAGCAAAUAGAAUUUCACAAGCGCCCAACAACCUUCAUAACUUCUAGUCAUUAUGGGUAAGGAUCAAGAAUUUCUGGACGCAGCACGCAAUGGCAACAUCACCUAUAUCGAAAAGGUGCUUAGUCAGCGCGCCAAGCGAGCCGGCCCACUAGCCAGCUUACGACGUGGACCCGGCGUCAAUGUGCAGGACAGCGGCGGCUACUCAGCGCUACAUCACGCCUGCCUUAAUGGGCACAGGGACAUAGUGCGACUACUACUAAACAAUGAAGCUUCGCCGAAUCUGCCUGACUCACGUGGCUCUUCGCCACUGCACUUAGCCGCUUGGGCGGGCCAUCAAGAGAUUUUGAAAAUGUUGCUUACACAUCCGUAUAAGCCGGCACAGCCAAAUUUGCAGACCAUCGAAAACGAGACGCCAUUGCACUGUGCCGCACAACAUGGCCACACAGGCGCAUUGGCGGUACUGUUGGCACACAAUGCCGAUCCGAAUAUGCGCAAUUCACGUGGCGAAACACCACUCGAUUUGGCGGCACAAUAUGGCCGUUUGCAGGCGGUACAGAUGCUGAUACGCGCACAUCCCGAGCUGAUCGCGCACUACAGUGUGGCGGCAAUUGAGGGGGUGUCUACUAGUAGUGGUGGUGGUGUUGGACAACAGAGUCAGAAAUCGCGUCAUUCUUCACCAUUACCACACUCCGGUUCAGUUUCGACUCCUUCGCCUUCAUCACCAUCGAUAACUUCUUCGCCUGUGACACCAACUCGGAACAUCUUUCCACAUACCUGCCUCCAUGUGGCCAGUCGUAAUGGACAUAAGAACGUGGUUGAGGUGUUGUUGGCUGCAGGUGUUAGUGUUAAUCUGCUCACACCAUCUGGUACGGCGCUGCACGAGGCGGCACUCUGCGGCAAAGAGUCGGUGGUGCGUACACUGCUUAGGGCUGGCAUCGAUUUGAAUGCGACCGAUGCAGAGGGACGCACUGCAUUGGAUAUACUCAAGGAAUUUCCACCGCAUGUGACCAAGCAUAUUAUUGCUGUUAUCAAUAAUUUCCGCAAUCAAAUGGACGUAGAUGAUAACGACGAUGUGGUGGUAUUUCGCCAUCAGCACCCGCCGCCGCCACCCCAGCGACAAAGUAGCAGCCUCAGUCACUAUCAGAAACAGCAACACAAUAAUCACUACCACUUUAACUCAAAUAAUCAUUUACUUAACCACACGCACUCACUGCAGCAGUCUUCCCCGUACGCCAACAAUAGUGGAAGCGGAAGCGGCGGUGGUGGUGGUGGUGGCAAUAACAGUAACAGUAAACAACGCUAUGGCACAAAUCUCAAUGGUGGCAAAUCACUGGAUAGUGGCCUACAGCCGGACCAGUAUGGCAUCGGUGGACGCGGUGGCUAUCACGAAGUGAAUUCUCCUGUGCACAGCACAUCCAACAACUCGCAGAAUGAAAUGGGUGUGAGUCCGUCAUCGUCGAUGAGUAGUUUUGAGCCAGUUUCGGUGUCACCACGUUCACGUUCUUCAACGGGCGGCAUAAUUGCUAUGGCAGCCAACAAUCCGAUGCAUAUGAGCACUUUUGCACCAGGUGCGCCACCCAAAAAACCACCGCGCCGCAACUUGUCCGUUUCGCCCACCCACUCAGGGCAGCAAUUCACUUACACCUCACCAAACCAUCAUCAACACCAACCACAAGCGCGCACGCGACAGCAACAUCAUAGCCCAUCAACGGAUAGUCCUUAUAGCGGUGGACAUCAGAGUCAUGGCAGCGUGGGUGGUAUGAGUUUUGAUGAGACAACCCAGUUGCGCGAGCGUCGGCGAAGUGAUCGUCUAUAUGCGAGUACUAGAGAGAGUGCAAGUUCGACGACGGGUACACUCUUGACAUCGAGUUCAAAUGACAUGUUGGAGCGCAUGAACUAUAGCAGCGAAGAGCGCGCCGAUUCCGCGGAUGGUGUUGCUACAUCCAAUUCUAUGAAACGCCCAUUGAACAAAUCGCGUGAUGUGAGCACUGAUAUUAUAAAUUGCGAAAAUCCCACAUUGAAGUCGUACAAUCCAAAUAGGAAGCUUAAAAGGAAUCGCAACAGUUAUUCGCUCAGCAUCAGCGACACCAAGGAGAACGAUGCCAAACCGAAAAUACCGCUCAGCCCUACAAAUUAUCAACAACCACCAACACCUGAUCAUCCACCACCCUCUUCCAGUCAUGCCGAACGCACUAUACACGAGCGCAUACGUCCGCUCAGCAUGGAGUACAAGCGACGAUCGGCGCUCAUACAGUUACAACAACAGCAGCAGAAACACAGUAAAAGCAUGAUCGAUUCGAGCACAUCACCUGCCAAGCAUUGGCAGACUGCAUUAAUACCGACGCCUACAUUCGAUUACCCCGUUGGCAGUUUAUCGCCAAAGCAAAGCACCAAUGCCUCACCCACAACGACAACGUCGCAUGCCCGGCGCAGCGGCACUGGCAUACAAGGUUCCUCAGGUUCGCUAAGUUCUAGCGUUUCACUUUCAGAUCACAGCAUCUCCACCGAUUGUGUUGAGGAAUUUGUCGGCGAUGCACCCUUUGCGGGUCUUUUCAAGGGAUCGAGUGUUAAUUUACGCCAUGAAAAACGUACGAUGGGCAAUCGCAAGCUCGGGAUCCCAUUGGCAGCACGUAGCGCAUCCGCCUCGGCAGCGGAGGGUCAACAACAGCAAAAGCAACAACGAAUGCGACCACCUAUACCGACCAAACCCGUUUUACCUGAAUGUAAUAAAGUGCUGAAAUCUUUGACAGUCCCUACUAAGGAUUCCAAAGCAUCCACCACUCAAGAAGGUUGUGAAGAGGGAGAAAUACGGGGUGAUAAUACUAGUCACGUAAGUCAAAAUGUGAGCAUCUGCUUGGAGGGUGAGAAUGGAAAUGGCAAUGAAAAUGAAAACGAAAAUGAUGAGAAUAAUGGUAAUGGUAAUGGUACCAGUAACGGCAAUAGUAAUGGAAAUGAGGAUAUCGACGCGGCACUAUCUUCGAUUACAGCAGCCACCACCCAAAGCAGUGGCAUACUUAGUCCUUUCAAUGCGGAAGAGGCGCGCAAGAAGAUAUCGGAGAUUAUCGAGUCCUUCGGCAGCGGCAUCUUGAAUUCGACUUUAACACCGACAAACGAUAUUGAACUAGAGUUCGAUGAAGCUAUUGAACCGGCCGAACGGCGCGAGUUAGCAGUGCGACUAAGGAAUGUGGGAUUGCUGCAUUUGGAGCGCAUGCUCUUCGAAAAUGGUUACGACAACUUCAGAUUUGUGAAUGGCGUCUUUGAGCCGAGUGACACUCAACUGAUGGAUAUACAGACGCCAGAUGCAAGUAAAUUAAUCUCAUUUGUGCGAACACUACCGAAGGCAGAGUUUCAGCCGCAAAUUGUUGCCGCAAAUAAAGAAAAAGAAAGUAAAACAGCUAAGGAUAGCGAUACAGCGGCAGAGAAGAGGGGCGUGACGACGCUAAGUGAAUGGCUGCAAAGUAUUAGCCUGCCGGAAUACAUCGAAUCGUUCAGCAAGCAUUUGUACAACACUAUCGAUAGUGUUUGUGGAGUAUGGGAUGUCGAGCUGCAAACAGUUUUGGAGAUCAACAAGCUCGGCCAUCGACGACGCAUACUCCAAUCGGUAGCCUACAUAAGACAAAUACGAGAGCCAAAUAAAACAGACAAAAGUGGAGAAGCCGAAAACCACGAAGUUACGAAAAUAGAACCAUCUGCGAAUGGAGAAUGUGGCAACAAAGAACCGCAACCGAGAAAACAACAACAGGCACAGCCUCAGCAAAGAACUUCAGUUACGGGUUAUAGAAAAAAUAGACCCGCACCUCAACCACCAACUGAGAAGCCACAAUUACAAAUACGUGCACCUUCUGAACUGCUGCUCGGUUUACCAGUAAAUUUACGCACAAAAUGGCGACAUUCGGCGAAUGUUUUGCUCAACGAACAAAUCAAAUAUGAAGUUUAUUACCUGGGCUCGACGGUUGUGAAGGAGUUACGUGGCACCGAGUCGACACGUAAAUCAAUACAAAAACUCAAACGCAAUGAUAUUGAUAAACAACAACAAAAAGUAAAUCGUUCAGCGAAGUUGCAGCAGAAAAAACCAGCGCUAGUUUGCUUGGCCAUAUCGCAUUUGGGCGUAGAAUUCAUUGAUGUGAAUAGUAAGCACACAAUUUGUGAACAUGAAAUACAAAAUAUCAACUGCGCCUGCCAGGAUUCGGAUGAUUUACGGCAUUUUGCUUACAUCACCAAGGAGCUGGAUAUCCACUACUGCCAUGUCUUCUAUGUCGAGAGUACGGACCUGGCCACCGAUAUCAUAUUAACGCUAGGUCAAGCCUUUGAGGUGGCCUACCAGCUGGCUUUGCGUGAUGGCAUAACACAAACUUCGGCGGCAGCGUUCAGUGGCAACUUACUGCUAAGUGGCAUCAGCACCGGUGACGCAGUGACAGCUGAAUAAAAAACAAACACACACAAAGAAGAGAAGACAGAAAAAGACAAAUUGUUAAAUUAUUUAGCUCAAAUUAAAGUUGUGUAAAAAUGAAUUGAAAUGAAAGAAAAAGAAAAAACAAAACGAAAAAGUAAAUUAUUUAGCCAAAAUCUGCAAGGUAAAAUUAAAUGAAAAAAAAUAUAGUUGUAAUAAGAAAAGUGCAUAAUUGUUGUGCUUGAAUACCAAAAACAAAAAAUACCAUACGUACUAAGUUGGUUUAGGUAGAAGCAUUCAAAGCAUUCUUAAUUCACGUUGUAAUGUUUUAAAGAAAAGAAACGCAUUUUAAUACAUUUUUAUUUGUAUUUAUUAAAGAUUUUAGCGAAUUUUGCAUUAUUUUUAAUGCCUAGAAUUUACAUUUUAAAUAGGAUUUUAAUUGUUUAUUCACGAUUUUAGCAGAAAAAACAUUUCCGUUCCAACACCAAGAGAAUUUAUGCUGGUUAUCCCUUUUUUAUGAAAUUGCUAAAUUUGUAUACAAUGUAAAAAAAAAAUGUAAAAUAAUGUUA